AUGAAGCUUCUUACCAUGGCCCGUGCCAUCCUCGGCCUCGCUCUUGCCAUCACCGCCAGCUGCGCUCCUGCUGCCAAGACCUAUACCGGAGAUAGCCUGAUCGCCGAGGGGUUCACCGAGGUGUCCGAGGGUGUCUACUUCAGAAACACCACAACCGCCCUUUCUGUCAAUGGCUCUUCCUCUGGCAAUGAACUCGCGGCUCAGACCCAUUUCUGUCAAAUUUCCGACUAUGAGGGCACCACUGGAGACUACUCAGCCAAGGUCGAUGAUUGCUGGCAAGUCUACAGAAACGUUGCCGUAGAUGGCGAGUGGGUCAUCCGCCAGGGUCACCAGAAAGUGGUUGCUUCCUACGGCACCUGCGUGUUCGGUAUCACGGCCCACGGUGGCGCAGACGUCAGGAUUGGCAACGUGGAUGUUCACAGCGCCCUCCUUGAGUCCAUCAGCCAGUUCGCCCGCCAAUACCCCGGGGAUAAUUUCCAAAGGAUCGGCGCUGUGGGUCGCUUCCAGUGUGGCUGGAAUUCUGGCGAUGCUUGUAUCUGGGGGGUCUACGUCCGUUAG